UCACCACUCUUCAACACCAAGCAUAGAAAAUGGAAACACUUUCUUCAUCUUCAUUCUCUCCUCCAUUCUCUUACAUACUUUACCUCCUCUUUUACCUUUGAGACCCUUUUCUCCAAAUUCUCUUCUCAUUUUAUUUCUUCAACAAAGAUUCAUUUUUUCAAUUAUCUCAUUUAUGGGGUCUAGUGUUUCUUCAACUUCAUCUAAUAUUAGAGAAAAAGAUGAUUCUUCAUCAUCAUCAAGAACUAGUCUUGGAGAUAUUCCAGAAAGUUGCAUCUCUUCUCUCCUCAUGAAUCUUGAUCCACCUAAUAUAUGCAAAUUGGCUAGAGUCAACCGUGCUUUUCAUAGAGCUUCUUCAUCUGAUUUUGUGUGGGAAUCAAAGUUACCGUCAUGCUACAAGUUUCUUGCUAGUAAAGUUCUUGAUGAAGAAAGUGUUUCCACUAUGACUAAGAAAGAGAUCUAUACAAAACUAUGUCGACGCAAUCUCUUUGAUGGUGAUACCAAAGAAGUUUUGUUGGAAAAAUGCAGUGGACAAGUUUGUUUGUUUAUGUCAUCAAAGUCUUUGAAGAUAACUGGAAUAGAUGAUAGAAGAUAUUGGAUUUAUAUACCAACUGAGGAAUCCAGGUUUAAGAAUGUGGCUUAUCUUCAACAAAUGUGGUGGGUUGAAGUAGCAGGAGAGUUAGAGUUUUUAUUCCCCGUGGGAAGUUACAGCGUAACGUUCCGACUAAAAUUGGGAAAGCCGUUGAAACGAUUGGGCCGGCGUGUUUGCAAUGUCGAUCAAGUUCAUGGUUGGGAUGUAAAGCCCAUAAGAUUUAAACUGACUACAUCGAACGAUGAAUGUUCGAUUUCAGAGUGUUAUUUGAAUGAGCUAGGGGAAUGGGUUUAUUACCAUGUGGGGGAUUUUGUGGUUGUAAAGCCCAAUGAGCCCAUGAAAAUAAAGUUUUCUUUGGCCCAAAUUGAUUGUACUCAUACCAAAGGUGGGUUAUGUGUAGAUAGUGCAAUUAUUUGCCCAAGUGAGUUUAGAGAAAGACUCAAACAUUUUAGCUGAAAAUAAUAAUAAUUUAUUUUAAAUAGAUAACACAAUAUUGGUGUUUGUUGUAACUGAAAAUUUCUCAAGUAGCCCUUUAUUUUAGGUGGGUUUGAGGUUUUUUUUAAUGACUUAUAUUAUAUGGAGUUGUUAUACAAUGGUGAAAUGUUACUUUAUGUUGUUA